AUGUACCUUUUUCCGAGGCUGGCCAUCUUUGGCUUUUCCGAGGCACUAAAGCAUAUCUACUGCCUUACGAUGGCUGCAGUCUACUAAGCAAAUUAUUGACUUGACAUGCGCUAGUAUAGCUGCGUGGCGACAGUCAGCCGGCGAGCCUGUGCUGUGCGUGCAGCUGUGCGUGGGUGGCAUACAGAGCCCCUAAUUUGGUGCUCAAGUGGGAAGGCAGGGCCUUACGGGGCAGCCCAAGCCAGGGGUGAAAACGAAAUGCUGCUAUCGGUGCGCUGAGCCGCCCGGCAAUGACAGACGCCAGGCGACAAACGGAGCCUGAUGACCGCGGGCGCCAGGAGCAGCCCGGCGGGUAUAGUCGAGAGCGGCACGACACUGCUCAGGCACAGCCCUCAGACGGCGCCCCGCGCGAAGUGCAGCGUUCAGAAAGGCUGAGUGGCUACGACCGUGGGCGCGACCCCCGCGGUGACGGCGAGUCUGGUCAUGGACGUGGCGGCCGUAGGACGCAGUCGCCACCGCCGCUGCGCCGGGGGUCGCCGGGGCGCCAGCCAGGCGGCUCCCACGAGCGCGACAGGCCACACGACAGUGGGCGUGAGCGUGAGGCCGGACACGGUGCGGUUCAGGACCGGGGCGGACCCCAGUACCAAAGCCCCGGCAAGCAUGGCGUGCGUCGGCAGGAUGAGCGUGCACGUGGACAGCAGGAUGUGGGGCCCCGUGCUGCUGGCGGCAGCAGCCUGCAAUGGGAUCUGCCGCGCCGGCUAGCUUCGGGCGAUGUCCGAAGCCGCGACCGUAGCAGCACCCGUGGUCAGCAGGACUGGGACCGCGGUCGCGACGGUGACGGUGACAGUGACCGAGGGCGUGACCGCGGCCUCGCGCAGGAGCGUGGCCCCGACAGAAGCUCGGAACACCUGCUUGAGCGGGGCCGGGAGCGUCGCCCAGACGGGGCCGCCGAGCGCGGUAGCAGGAGUGCAGCUUCCCGCAAUCGCAGCCGUAGCCGCGACAGGGAUGAAUCACCCGGCCGCAGGGGUGCCGGGCUCCAGGCGGAGGACCGGCACGGCCGCGGCCGGGGCGGCGGCAGGAGCGGCAGCCGGGGCGGAGCUGGUGACCGCGGCCGGGACGGGCGCGGCCAGUACGCGGACGGUGCCAACGGUGACGAGCGCCGCGACCGCGGGAGGGGUGGCAGCCUUCCCAGCGAGAGAGACACUCGCGGCUACGGCAGAUACGGCCGGAGCCAGGACCGUGACAUCGAGCGAGGCCGGGGCCCAGACCGCGACACGAGCCGCAGCCCCGGACGCCGCAGCCCCGGACGCCGCAAUGAGUUGGACGGCGAGGUACGGCGCGGUCCGAAACAUGAGGACUACGAAUCUGGUGAGGUCCGGCCCCGCAGCGAGGAUCGCAGCAGACACGAUGAGCAGUGGCACAGUGACCGCCUGCGGGAUUCGCCCGCUUUGCACGCCGGCAGCGAUGCAGCAGCAGUGUGGGCGCCCAGGCCUGUCGAUGAGCUGCUUCCGAUGCGGGACCGGCACGAUCAUGGUGACGUUGGCGGUGGGGGCGAUGAUGCUGGUCGCAGUGGAGGGCAAGAUGCGGCAUGGCAGGGCUGGGCGCCGGACGGCGAGCCCGCGCCGCAGCGCGAGGGACGCGGGCCUGAGGGCAACACGCCAGCGCUAGGGCACGAGGGCAAUGCAUACCGAGAUUACCGCCAUCGGACUCAGCAGCCAGGCAACAGGACUGUCGCAGCCUACGAGGAGCACGACGGACACGAGGCGCCGCGAGCUUAUGCCGAGGGUGCCGACAUCCGCAGGCAGUGGCUCACAGGGCCUGACGGAUCAGGGGAGGUGUGGCCCGCAGGAGCCCAGAGGCCGCAGGGUGCAGGCGAAGCGCAGGUGGCAGCACGUGCUGGCAGCGGGCGUCACCAGCAAGACUGGCAGCGGCUGCACCAGCAGGCACUCCUUGGCAGCGGCGACCACGGGUCAGCGGCUACGCAGCGUCAAGCGCCCGCCAUCCCGCCAUCCGGUCCGUCAGAGCCGCGUCGGCAGCACAGCAACGGCAUGCCGCCCCUGCCGCCCCCAGCACUGGAGCAGCUUCCUGGCGAUCACCAGCAGCGCGGCAGCCGGGCACCGUACAUGACGCACGGUGCAUGGACGUCAUCGCUGACGCCCCUGGGCAGCGCCAGCGCGGCAUUGUCAGGGCGACUGGCGAACAGCGGCGAUAGCGGCAGCCGCCAAGCGUCAAUGCAAGCGCACGUGCUGCCGCAGCUGCAGGACCGCAGUGUGGCACGCCUGCCGCCGCUGCAACCCAGGGCGCCCAGCACGGGUGAGCCGCCGGUGCUACAGCCAGGCGCGCCGGUGGUGUCGCAGCAGCCGGGGCGCGCUCUCAGCGGGCUAGGACAGGCCGCAGCGGACAGGGUUGGUCAGCUCAGCAAUGCAGACGCACCGGCUUGCGAGUUUUAUAUGUCCAUGGCGGCUGCUGAUGAGAAUCUCACAGGCCACGUACCAGCACAAUUCCCGCGGCGUAGCCGCUGGGGCGCUCUUCCUGUACCCGCAUCCGGCGGCGAAGCGUCAGCGGCCGCGGCCGCAGCUGAUGGCAAUGCUGCUAAUGUAGUGCCCACGGGGCCCUCGCAGGCGGCGGGCAGGACUUCAGACGCACUGCCCAGGGCUUCGGCUGCUGGGCAGCCCUUUGCAGUUGAGUUAGCCGCAGCAGCGGCGGGUGCUUCGCCGCCACAGCAGGAGGUGGAGGCGGAGCUGGGGCCACCAAUGCCCACGGGGGCGCCAAAGCAUGACGUCGCGAAAAAAUUUGGAAGAGGGCGGAAGGGUGUAGCGGCUGCCGGGUCAGGCACGGCUGCAGAGCAAGAGCGCCAGGACGGUGCCACAAAUGCUGCACCUGCAGGAGAUGCCGGUAAUGCACCUGCUCAGGCGGCUGCACGGGUGGCCACCAACAGAAAUGGUGACCCAGCAGCAGCGGCAACUGGCGGCGCGGCGGAGGCGGCAGGUGCAGCGGCAGCAAGCAGGGAAGAGCCCGCCGCACCCCCGCAGCCUACACGUCCGCGGCCGGGUGCUAGGAUGAGGCGUUCAAUCGCAGUGGCUGUUGACGACAACGGUGACCAGUUUGGUGCCGACGGCGACGGUGAUGCACUGCUCGCCGGCGCCGUCGCUGCCGCUCAGCCCAGCACUGCAGCCACCGUGGCACCAGGAGCGGCGGAAAGCAAAUCGCCUGCUGCCCCAGGUUCGCCUGUGUCACCGAACAAAAACUGGAUGGCAAAGGUCCUCCAGGGCAAGCAAGCCGUGGCUACUCAGGCCUCUUCGCCGACGGCUGCGUCGGCGGUGAGUUCUGGCGCUGGACCUCCGGGCUGGUCGCUGAAGCUCCAUCCCAACACCAUGCAGUUCUCGCUGGCCGUGCCCCCGUCGCGGAUCAAUCCACUGGCGGCUGCGCCGCCGCCGCAGCAGCAGCCGCAGCAGACUGAGGCCAGCACUGCCGCCACAAGCAGGAGCCCCAUACAUGACAGGCCGUUCCUAGCCGCAGCAGGCGGCGCUGGUGGGCCUGCAGCUGUGCCGGUAGUGGCGCAGCUCCCGCAGCAGGCGCGCGGUGGCGGCAUGCACACAGCACCGCAAGGACCUGCCCGUGCGCCGCUGCCUUUGGUGCCGCCGUCCAUGGUGCUGCCGCCGACAGACGACUCGCCGUCCCAGUCCCCGCGAGCGCGCUCACCCGCGCCUGCGCCCGAACACGCACCCGCAUCCAUGCAUGAGCCUGUGCCUGGCCCUGUACUACCUUCCGCACCUGUGGCGCUGCAUCCCGUGCUUCUGCCGCAGCUUUCGCCGCAGCCGGGUGCUGGCGCCGCAACGGCGCCAGUCGCUGGGCGGGGUGGCACUGCUGCGGCGGUGCGCCCUAGUGCGGGUGCCGCGGGCGAUACGGAUGAUGACUUCGAGGUGGAGGUGGUCCGGGAGUGCGCGGCACCGCCCAGUGCUGCUGGCGCCUUCGCAGCAGUGGGCGGAACGGCGGCGGUAGCCACGGCCAUGCACAUGUCACUGUUGCGGGAUGACAGCGCCUGCGCCGAAAUGAGCGCAGCACUGGCGGGGCCCGGUGCAAGGGCGGCGGCAGGCCCCAGUCGGCAGACAGGAGUACCGCCAGGGUCGCCGCUGAAGGAGCAGCCACAGCUGCCCACGCACCUGCAAGCCCGGCCGACCAAGCAGAGCCUGCCGCAGCCCGCAGCCAGCCAGCAAUCCAUGCCGCUGCUCGGUGCAGCUUUGCAGGCACCGACGGCCCUCACCGGUGAGCUCCCGCAGCAGCAGCUCGCUGCGGCCGUGCCCUUGGCAGCAGAGAGCCGCGCUGCUGGCGCCGCCGCACAGGCGGGCCCGGGGGCAAAGGUGGAGUCAAGCGGCUGUGCUGCGAGUGACAGCAGCGCCGGCGGCCCACUGUCGCUGCGACAGCAGGCGGCGGAGGACAGGGUUCACGUGGCGGCAGUCGGAGGUAGCAAAGCGGCUGAGGUGGACCUCGCAUGCCGCGAAGACACGGGAGCCGCGGCUGCUGGCGGCACUGCGGGGGCCGGGGUUGCUGUCGACACGUCGCCCGCCCCUGCGGUUGCCCCGCCAGCUAUGCGUGCAUCGGCUGAUGUUCGUGCAGCAGCGGUCGCGCCCGCAGUGUCCAAGCAGCCCACAGGCACUGCUGCUGGCGAUACGGCGGACGCAGUGCACGCUGUCGUAGACAGCGACGGGCACCAGGAGCAGGAGAUGGCAGCCCGCACCCUGGCUACUGGAGAUCCAGGGGUGGCGCCAGCAGGAGUGCCGCCCGGUGUGGCUGCCGCAGCCGGCAGCCCUACCGCGAGAGCUCCACAGGGCAUUCCGGCAGUGGCUUUGCAGCCCGAGCCGCAGCCCGCGGCCGGCGCUGCCGACCCAGGUGCGGCAGCGCACGCAUCACACGCGGUAGGCGCUCUCCCGGCUCCGCCGCCAACAAUGCACGCUCUCCACCCGCGACCUGACGCUGCUGAACCAGGGGUAGCCCCGCAAGGCACGCGUGCUGCACAGACACGCAAGGGUGGCCCGCGCCUGGACCCUGCGGUGCGCGAUGCGUUGAAUGGUGACGCGGGUCAGAUGCCCUCAACCGCUCACCGCCGGAGGUCGGACGAGGGCAGUUGGUCGGGUGGAAGCAGCCCCAGUGCAGCCGCAGGGGCGGGCCCAGCGUCCACAAGCGGCACAGUGGCACCGGCUGUGGGGCCUGCCGGCCGGAGGGCACGCAACGGUAGCGAUGGCACUGCACCGGCGAUGCCGCCUGCAGCGACACCACUUACGUCACUGCCUCCAAAGGCCAAACCGGAUGGCAAGAGCAACCCAGCCGCACAGCCAAAAGCGGCCCCUCCGCCAGCGAUUGGAGAUGCAGCUGCAGCAGCCACGGCCCCGCCUGCUACUGCAGGGGCAGGACCGAAUACGUCAGCCGGCAAGCGCAGUCGGGAGUCCGGCGGUUGCAGUGGCACCGGCGGGCCGGUGGGCAGCGUCAGUGCGGCUGCCACAAAGGCAGCAACCAAGGCGGCCAACAAGCGGGUACGCAUCGAGUACUCUGCAGGCAACGCAGCGUUAGCAGCAAGCGUGCAGCCGGCGCCGCCGGCGUUGCUACCAUUGCUGCCGCUGUCGGCUGCUGUACAACCUCCACUAGCGCCUAUGACGCGUAGCAGCAGCAGUCAGCCGGUCCUGAAGAGUUCCCAGCAGGCACCGAAGGACCUGGCGCCAGGAGUAGUACGAGCACAGCGCACAGCUGCAGCGCCUGUAGCAGCGCCCGUGCCACAGCCGUCAGAGCCGACUCCCACCUCGCCAUCACGGCAGCGCAAGGGCGUGACCAGGCCGCCUACCGAAGGUCUCAACCGGAUCUUCCUGGACAGCAUUGCGCAAGCAGUAGCAGAUGGCAGCACUCUCCGUCAGUCGAAGACCUGGUCUGGUCCCAUUCAUCAGCGGCUGGGGAAGGGCGCGCGUGCAGCCAGCGCAAGCGCUGCCGCUGCCGUCAGUGAGCCACUCGGCGCGUCGGUGCAUACACGCAUCACGCGCAGCACAGCCGGUGCAGCAGCAGGCCCGGCGGCGGCAAUCGCUGGCACUGCAAGCCUGCAAGCGCCACAAGCGGACAGGCUGCCCGGGACGGCGACGCGCACGGCAACAGGGUCGGCGGCGGCAGCGUCCGCCUCCACGGCGCGCACUGUAGCAGCGGUGCGAGCUGCGCAACAAGCAUCAGCGGGUGCCCUGGCUGCCGCUGAAGUGGGCAGCACAGCCGCAGUACGAGGGGCGGGCCAGUUGGCGGCAGCGGCAGAUGAUGCCAGCACCCCGGCCGCUAGCGCCCCAGCCCCCAGCGCUGCGCCCGCAGAGCCCUUUCCGGCAAAGCCACUGCAUACACACGAAAAGCGCGGCCUGCUGAUACCGGCUUCGCGCCUGCCGGGCCUGCCGGAGCAUCUACAACUGCAGGUGGUGCUGGAUGACGUGCCGUUGCGCGACACUGUUGUCGCGGAGCUCACAAAAGCCAAGAGUCAUGCAGCCGCAAGCGUUCCGGCGUACCAAAUCAAGCCGGCGGAGCUGCGCUCGUGUAACCUGAUGGGGUGCUGGCUGAUGAGGCUGGACCGCCAGACGGCAGAGGCGCCGCAGCACGUAGCGGCCUCGGCGGGCCGCGACGUGGUCACGCUCUAUAUGAGCUCCAAAGAGCAGCAUUCGGCCUCUUCAGCGCCAGCCGAGGGUGCCGGCCAGUCUGCAGCUGCUGCUGCUGCUGCUGAGACAACAGGAGCUAGCGCUGGCGGCGUUGGAAACGCUCGAGCUGGGUUAGAGGCCGCUGCAACAGCAGGGCCCGCGGCCCAGGCCACCAGCACGACAACGCGUGGUACUCCGCCUGCCGCCAGCAACGAUGCGCGCGCGGCCAGGGCUGCCCGCCGCGCGGCUGCCACGCAGUCCGCUGCAAGCGGCGGCGAGGCGCGUGCGGGUGCUAGGGCGCUCGACCCGAGUGAGGAGCACACCGCGCAGGGCCCGCUUGUGCCGGCGCGGGACCCCGCCGCGGCGCCACCGGAGGUGCAGGCACCGACACAGCAGCUGCAGCAGACGCAGCAGGGGCCCACAACGGCUGCAGGGGUGCAGGGCGCUGCAGGGCAUGUUGCUCUGGCUUCAGAUGAAGCUGCAGCUAGCGCCGCCCCCGUGCCGGAUCUCGCUGAGGCUGCUGCUGAAGCUGGGACAGGGCUGGCAGCCAGGUCGGCGACGGACGCCGAAGUUGCGGGCCCCGCGGGCGCCUGCGGACCUCGAACACGGUCUGGGAGCCACGCAGCAGCCCAGUUGUCUGGUGGAGCUGUAGCUUUGGGCGGCAGGGCGGCUGGCGGCAGUGUGGGGUCAGGAGGACACCAGUCAGGCGUGGAAGCCGAGUCUCCGGCGCAGGCGCGCGUGUCAGCCUCCAUAUCGCCAGGGCCUUCUGCGCGCAUCGUGAGCGGAUCGCCAGGGGCAGCGGCUACCGCUGACGGCAGGGAGGCGACGCCCGGUGCUGCUGCGAAGAUAGGUGACUUGAAAUUCCUGGAUGUGGAGGUACAGGGCUUCGAGCCAAAGAAGGGCAGCAACUCCUGCGAGAUCCAGGUCUACAAGAACGGCGUGGAGAUCAAGCACCUCAAGAACAUACCCACUGUGGACAAGGCCAAGAGCACCACCGUGCGGCGGGUCAGUUGCCGCCACCUGGAGGACUUCAGCGACAUGUGGGUGCAGCGGUGGGAGGCGUCCGGCCUGCCGCGUAAGAAGCACGUGCUCAAGCUGUUCCUCAGCACCUCGGCGCCGCAGCAACCGCAGCAGCCGCCUCACACAGAGGAUGCGGGCGCGGAUGCGGGCGCAGAUGCUGCGCGGGACGCCGCUGCGCCGGCUGAAGUUCCUGCAGCGGUGCCUCCCGAAGCCAUGGCGGCGCAACCCAUGGCUACGCCCGCCGCGUCGUGCGCCGGGCACGAACCCGCCCAACGGCAUACUGUUGCGGCAGAGCCGCCUGCGCAGGCAAUGCCGGCGCCUCAAGAGGAGCUGACUGCAGCUCCUGCUCCGGUCAAAGCCUCAGGCGCGCUGGCGUCUGCAGCGCCUGUGCACCCGGCCGGGCCAAGUGCCGCUGCGUCGCUGGCUGCGCCUGCGGGCAGCGCAGCUGUGGCUGCUGCUUGGGGUUCGGCGGGCCCGGAUGGGCAGGCCGCCGUGCAGAGUCGCGACGUGCCGGUGGACGCCAGCUCGGCUGCAGCUACACAGACAGUCGGCGCAACUACGGAGGGCGCUAGCAGGGCACCUGUGCCAGAUCAGGGCCCGCAGCCGGCGGCUCUGGCACAGCUGGAGGCGGAGGGAUAUGCGGAGGCGCAGCCGCCGCAGCUGCUGCGGCCUGAGCCGGAGGCUGAGGCGCAUCUUCCUCCACAGCCACAGCCGCAGGUCGUGCCGGUGGCGACACAGGAGCCGCCUGGGCCGGUAGCACACGACGGCGGCAACGUGGAACGCGAGGCCGCCGCUCCCGGACAUCGGGUGGUAGCGGCUGAGGCACUGGAGCACGUGGAGCCAGCUGUGGGGCCCACGAUGCCGGCAGAUGCGGCAGCAAAAGCGGACGCUCAUUGUGCGCACGCCGGCGUCAACAUGCCGCGAUCUGUGCCGGUACAGGCAGCUGCCCCGGAGCAGGAACAACUUCCUGCAGGUCCGCCAGCAAGCGGCGGAGCCGCCGGCGAGCAGGCGCCUGACGGCUUGCUUGCAGCUGCAGGUGCUGGCGGUAAUGCUGGCGUGCAGCCGCCGGGACCCACCUGGCCGAUGGAGGGUGUGCUGGAGGCGGCCGUCCACAUCAAGCACAACCGCAAGUACCUGCUGCUGCCAGCCAACAUCACUGAGGCGCUGCCGCAGUCCGUCAGCGUGACGGCUGUGGUAGACGGCACAGACGUGCUGGACCUACCGUGGCGGACGUUGGAGGUCAGGCCGCACGACGGCGCCAUGCACCUCUAUUGCGGCCCGGAGGGACCGGGGCCGCUGAACCGCAUGCAGCUGCUCGCAGUGGUUCGCACCGCCCACGACCGGCUGGAGCUGCGCCUGGCGCGGCCACUGGUGGUGCGCCCCUCCGCCUCGCGCCAGGACACGGCGGGCUCGGGCCCUGGCGCAAGGAGCCCUGCAGCCACAGUGGCCACCACGGCUUUGUCCCAGCCGCUAUCGGGCGCAUCCGGCGGGGCAACCCGGGCUGGCACAGCAAAGGCCGCCGCGGCAGCCGGCGUCAUGGGGCAGGCGGUAAUGGAGGCAGCUGCUGAUCCGCGGAGCGCACUGCAAAGCAAUGCCACAGCUGCCUCACAGGCAGCCGCUGCAGCAGCGGCACCGCCGCCACCGCCGCUACCGCCACCGUUGCUACCAGCAACGCAAGUGCCAACAGCUUCUCCGCCCAACAGCACCAUAGCACGCGGAGGGGCAGGAGCGGGCUCACGCACGGCUGUGGCUGUUGCGGGAAUAGCUGCAGCAGGGGUGCGUGGGGCAGAAGUGGCUGGGGCGGCGGCGAUAGCAGUUGCAGGUGAUGGAGACAUGGCUGGCAACUCGGUGGCCGUGCUGUCUGGUGGUGGUGUGCCCACCCAGCCCAUCGAGGCCCGGCAGGAAGGACCGGAGGAGGCGGGUGUUCCUGCCGAUGCACACGGGGCCGCCCAGCUGCUUGAGACAGCGGCACCGGAGGAGGACAUGGCUGUCAGCGCUGAGGAGCAGGGCUCGCUGCGUGCAACCGCGCGGCGGCGUCCAACAGGGGAGGGCGCGAACGCCUCGGCAUCGCUGAGCAAACAGGGGGUCCGGACUCCUGCAGGCGCGCCUGCCACAGGGGCAGCCGCGCUUCCGUCCGCUGCCGAGGCUGCAGCGGCGACGCAGGCAGCCACCGGCGCUGCAGACGACGAGCUCCUGCCCCGCGUGCCGCCGUCUCUCCGCACAACCGUCUCGGCUGCAGCUUCGGGGACCGGGGACGACGGGUACGCGCCCACGCAUGCCCUGGCGUCUGUUGCGGCCACGCCUGCGCCACACGUUGCGGUCCCUGGCGGUGCUGAGGCUGCGGAAGUCACAGCUGUAGCCGCAGUGCCCGAGGCCGAGGCGCAGGCCGAGGCUGAGGUAGCCACGGCGAAUGCAGGCGAGGGGGGUGCCGGAGCAGCAGCCGCUGCGAUUCCCCAGCAGCGCUCCCCCGCUUCAGCAGCGGAGUCGAACGACAGCACGCCGGCAGACGGGCUGCCAGCUCUGCGGCAGCGGUCGGUCGCGUCCAGGGCGGUUGCUGUGCUGGGCGCCGAACGGGCGGCCGGUCUGGGCAGCGCUGGUGCAGGUGGCCACGAGGCUACCGCGGAUGCGCUCGUGGCUGCAGGGCAGUGGGCUGCUGCAGGAGCAGCGGGGCAGGGCGGCCUGGACGCCGCGCAGCCGCAGGCAGCUGGAGGUGCCAGGGGAGCGUGUGUCGCCGCUGCUGCUCCGGAGGAUGCUGUGGAUGAUGCUGCGGCCCGGGACCGCGCAGGCAAUGAACUGGUUGGCAUCCUCUCGAACCUGGCGCGCCGCCAGCAGUGGAGCAACAGCCGUGCCAGCGGCAGCGGCGGGUGCGGGGAUACGGAGCUGCUAGUGCCAGUGCAGCGGGCCUCACCGGAGCAGAUACAGCAGAUGUCGCAGGCCCUCAGCCCGGCUAGGCGGUCGGCGGCUCCUCCUGCAGCCGGCUGGAUGGAGCUUGCGCCCUACGUACCACCUGUUCCAGCGCCUGAUGUCAAUGCUGGUGCGGCGGUAGCGGCAGCCGGCAGGCAGCUGGCGUCGGACGAUCCAGGGGCCGGGCCACCCGCCAAGCGCCCGCGCAUGGAGGCCGCGGCGCAUGCGGGCGGCACACGCAUUUUUCAGCUUCCGGAGGCCCUGUUUGAUGAGUCCCUGAUGGGGCCGCUUCAUUCCAUGGGAUUAUCGCUCCUGAUGAUGACUGCGUUCUCAGCCGGGCCGGGCACCGGCGCCGAGGAUGCUGACUCCGAUGCAGCCGCACAGGACCCGGAGUCAGCGGCCACAGCAGCAGAGCUGCGCCGUCUGAUUAAUGAGGUUAUGUCGCAAUCGCGAGCGGGCGUCGCACCGUACGUGGCCAAACUCGAGUUCAUGCAGCGCUUGAGCACAAGCCUCUUACCAGCAGCGGCCGCGCCAGGUGGGCUGCCCAAGAGAACGGCGUACUUCGUCGACCAAGCUUUCAACGCCAACGUCAUGCUGGCAUUGAUGGCACAUCCGGGCUUGCUGGACGGCGUGUCUGCCAACACUGGCGGGUCGGGGGCAGCUGGCCCGGGUCCGGCCCCGCCAGGCGGCGCAGGGGGGGCGGCGGGCGGCGGCUCGCCUGCCACUGGCAACCCGCAAGGCCCGGUCCACGAUGGACCUGGCGGCGCUGGUGGCUCUGGGGCAGCAGGCGCAGGUGCAGGUGGCGCCGGCCCCAGUGGCGCCAAUCCUCGUGGAGGCGGCCGAGGCGCAGGCAACACCGGUGUGCCCCGGGCGGGAGCGCAGGCCCAGGACGCCAGGUCCCAGGUGCUUUCGCCGGGCGUGCAGACCCGGCGCGCAAUGGCUCGGGAUGGUGGCGUGCUGGCGGCGGGCGCGGCAUCUUCGGCAUUGCCCGGCAGCGCCUCGGCAUCACCCGGUGUGCUGGUGCCGCUGCCGGCAGUGGCGUGCCCAGCCGCUGCCCCCUUUGUCGGUGCUGCGGCUGCGGUGGCUGCGGCAGCUUUGCUGGGGCCGGCCGGGGCAGGGCCGUCCGGGCCGCCUUUCGCCGAUGCCGGGGGCCCGGCUGCACUGCACCCCACGCGGACUGACGCAUCCGGCAUCAUGGCGCCGGUGUCUGCACCCGCCCAAGCCGUCACAGCCGUGGCUUUCGCGGCACCGGCCCCGACUACAACAGCUGCCGCAAGUGUUGCAGAAGCUGCACCCAGCACAUCGGCACGCAGCGCUGAAGCUGUGGCUGCGGGACCUGCUACGGCUGCCGCGGCAGGUGCAGGACCGCUGGGCAAGCCGCCGCCGCACCCUGGCAGCCUGCCACCACUGAGUCAUGGUGCGCGCAACGGCGCGGGCACUUUGCGGCGGAAGCAGCUGGCAGGGACUCCCUCGCAGUCCGCAGCCUGCUCGGACAACUCUCGUGGCUCAUCGCAGGGCUCACCACCAGAAGAGUCUCCUAGCACGGACGCACUGCGCCAGCCCCUACCACCUCCGCCACCACAGCUGCACCUGCCACACCCGCAGCUACAACAGACCCAGCCGCACGCGCGGGUGCAGCCGCCCAGCCAACCUGCGGCACAGCUGGAGCCGGCGCCGGAGGGGCAGUCACAGCCGCAGCCGCAACAGCGACAGCAGCGGCACGAGGCCCUCCAUUCCGGCAGCCCGGCAACAGGAUCGCGACGCGUAAGCCCGCACGUGGCAGACCAGAAUGCCGCUGCUGCUGAACCGUCCGGGCCCCGCACCGAAGUGGCAGGCCCUCGCACGCGCAGCGCGGCCGCUCAUGAGGCCUCCAGAGCCGCCGACACCAACAGCAGCGGCCGCAUCGGGGAGCGCACGGCGGAGGGCGGCGUGUCGCAAAGGCCGAGGCGGGAGCACAAGCCGACCAAACGCUACAUUCAGGACGACGAGUCCGACGGCGAGGGCGAGGGCUGGAGACGCCGGCCGAAUCGUCGCGUUCUCCUCUCGGACAGUGACAACCAGGACGGGGUGGAGCAGCAGCCGCGGCGAGGACGCGAUGAGGAGGAGGAGGACAGCCUCAGGGGCCGCACCACCGGCGAUGCGGCGGCGGCCCUGCCACCACCACCGCUGCCGCCGCCGCCAGGUGCAGCAGCUCAGGCUGAAAGGCAAACCGGCAGAUUGGCGCCGGCCGCAGCGGUGGUGGUUGCUGCGGCCGCAGGCGGCCGGGCCGCGCCUGUGGCGCUGGUACAGCCUGGCGAGCCCGGCAGGCUUGGAGCGGUGGCCCGGGCAGCUGUGCCAAGCGUAGGCUGGGUGAUCGGCCUACCCCCGGGCGCACUGUUGCCACUGACCGUCUGGCCGAAUCCCGUGGAGGCCCAAGGGCCUCCGCAGGACGGGCGUGUGGCGGUGGAGGGUGGGGCUGUGUACCCAGCUUUCCCGGCGCAGGAGCUCUUCUACGGAAACGGCCAGCGAUGGAAGGCAGGCGGCAAGCUGCAGAUACACCACGGCAUGAGGGUCGGGCAUACUGACGGCAAGCGCCCGAGGCUGCUGUGCGAGACAGACCUGGCGCUGGCGAAGGAGCCGGGUCAGCUGGACAAGCUGUCGGUGUCCAAGUCGUGCCACGCGUGUGACGCCACCUUCAUCGCCGCGCCGUGCGAGUGGUGCGGCAUCGUUGGCUUCUGCAGCAGCUGCUACGAGACGAAGCUGGGCGUUUCGGGCCAGAUGGCCUACACCGAGGUCAUGGCCAAGUGCCUCAAGUGCCGCCGCCUCUGCGCCUGCAAACGCUGCGUGGACCUCCCCGGCUUCGGCCGCCAUAAGUUGCCGCGACUCCGCACCACCCUGGACAUGCGCCAGGACAUGGCUCGCCACGCGCUGCGCUACCUGUUCGGACGCGGUGGCAGCGGUGCGCCGGGCGCUGCCGGCCCGCUGCUGCCUCAGGGCGGGGCGCUGGGAGCCUAUCUGCACCGGGAGCGGGCGGCGCUGGCGCAGGCGGGCAAGGCGCUCGAGGACGUGAAGGAGGUCGACAUGAGGAAGAACCGCACCGUCUGCGACCUGUGCUGUACCUCAAUUCCCGCAAUGUACUGGUGCUGCACCAGCGCCGGCUGCAAAAAGGAGUUCUGCCUUCAGUGCUGCGCGGAGGGCCCGGCCGAAGCGGCGACAACGGCCGGCGGCGAGCCGGCGCAGCCGCGCUGCCCAUGGGAGGGCUGCAGGGGCCACGUCCAGCUGCACACCUUCAUGCGCAAGCCCUUCCAUGCGGUGGUGCUGCGCGCGGAGCAGGAAUUCGGGCCGCCGGCAGCUGCUACGUGUGCUGCAGGGCAGCGUGUUGCUGCAGCGGCGGCGGCGCCCAGCGUUUCGCAGUCGUUCUGGAGCCCGCACCUGGUCAUCCUCUCGGAGACAGUGCUGCGCCCAGAGCUCUUUGGCUCCGCCAAGCAGCGGGAGACGGCCCAGCAGCAGGCCUUGGCUGCGCUGCGGCGCCUGCAGGCGUGGAAGCAGAGACAAAGCCUGCAGCAGCAGCGGCAGCAAGCGCAGCAGCCUCAGGCCCGGGACGGGGCGGAGCACAGUAUCGUGAUACAGGCUUGCGGCAGCGAGGUGGCGGCGGCCGAGCUCGGCAUUGGGCUGUACAGGCCGGGCCAGGCGGUUCCGCCGGGCAAGGUGGUGGCCUGGGGCCGCUACGUGCUGCCUGAACAGGACGUGCGCCUGGCCAAGCCUUGGUGGCUGCCGGGCAUGGUCAACCCUCAGGGCCACGCGCCGCACAUCUUCUCGCCGCUGGCAGCGGACCUGCAGCCCUCCUCGCCGCGCUUCGUGCCGUACUGUCUCAUCUUCCAGGAGCGGUGGGCGCUGCGCGAGUCGGUCCUGGUGCGCGAGUGCCCCAUGCGCGGCGACCUGUGGUGCCCCGAGGGCAUUUUUCGCGGCGUGGAGGAGGGUAUUCGGCGCUGCAAGGAGCAGGCAGUCAGGCAGGCGAUGAAGCAGACUGAGAAAAAGGGGCCAGCCGUUCAGGCUGCUGCCGUCGCCGAAGCCAAGAGGAAGUGGGAGGGCGCUGAGGCCCUGAAGAUCAUCAACUGCGCGGACGGCUUCCGGCAGGUCAACGACAUGUCCGGCGCCGACUUCGCCAAGGCGUUCCGCAAGGGCUUCGAACCCAAGCGCACCGAGCCCGCGGUCAAGCCCGCGGCCGAACCCGCGGCCAAGGAGUUCAUGGGCAAGCUUAAGGACUUCCCGCCCUCCUCCGACUACUUCGAGGUGCUGCCCGAGCAGUGGGAGGACUUCGUGGUGCGCGGGCUGCCGCUGCAGUGGAUGACCCGCCCCGACGAGGCGCCGCUCAACCUGGCCACGCAGCUGCCCAGCAACGCCAACCCCACAGACCUGGGGCCCAAGAGCUACAUCGCUUUCGGCACACCCGAGGAGUUUGACGAUGGCAAGGGCACGGAGCGCGACUCGGUCACCAAGCUGCACCAGGACAUGAGCGACGCCGUCAACAUUCUUAACUUCGUGCAGGUCAAUGCCGAGGAGCGCGACCUCUACGGCCUGCCGAAGCAGUCGCCCGAGGAGGUCGCCAUGGCGGCGGUGGAUGCCCGCCGAGCACAGGCAGGCGCAGGCGGCACUAGCAGGGCCGGCACGACGGGUGCGGGCGGCGGCGAUGGCCGCAGCAAAGCGGCGGAGUCGCAGGCAGCGGUCUUCGCGGCGGCGUAUAACGAGGUGGAGGCGGCGUGGCGGGAGAAGAUGCCGCCGGUGCGGUGCGGCAACCAGCUGCCAGCAGCAGACGACCCCGGGUACAAGCUGGCUGGGGCGGAGUGGGUGAUCUGGGCCCCGGGCGAGGACACAGAGGCGCUGCGCAGGUACCUGACGGCCCACGUGGGGGAGUUCCAGCACCAGGGCGAGCCCAUCCGCCCGGAGCAGGUUGAUGACCCGGUGUUCCAGCAGUGGUUCUUCCUCACCAGGCGCCACCUGCAGGGGCUAGCGCGGGAGCAGGAGGGCCGCUUCUGGGUGUUCGAGCAGAACGAGGGCGAGGCUGUGUUCAUCCCGGGCGGCUGCCCGCACCAGGUCCGCAACCUACGCUCCUGCAUCAAGACGGCGGUGGACUUUGUGUCGCCCGAGGCCGUGGACGAGAGUCUGGCCAUGGCGGCGGCCUUCCGCAAGAUCCCCACCCGCGACCCCUACGCGCCCAACUUCCAGCCUUACAACGACGUCUACUCGGACAAGCUGCAGGGCCUGCUCAUCGCCAUGAGCGGCGCCGUCGAGCAGUUCCGCACGCUGUACCCCGGGGCCUACAAGGCGCAGGCAAGCCCGGUCGGCAGGUCCGCCGCUGCCCUGGCCCCGGCCGCUGCUGGUGCCACCGCUGCCGCGGCAGGCUCGGCUGCCGCGGCCGCGGGCACUUCUUCCGCAGGUGGGAGCGCAGGCCCCACAAUGAGCCCCAAAAAGCCGCGUGCCGGUAACAAGCCAGCCGUCGGGCUUACUGCCAUGGCCGGAGGUCGGACAGGUGGCGGACGCGGUGGGUGCGCUGGAGGUGAUGGAGCUGGAGGCCGUGGCGGCCGCGGCGGGCGUGGCCGCAAGCGCAUCCGCUCCACCAGUGCAAGCGAGGAGGACGAGGGGGAGGCGGAGGACGGCUCGGAUUAUGGCCCCCGUGCCCGCACCGACUCCCAGCACGAGGACAGCACCGUGCGGGGCGGCAGGCCGGGAUCAGCGGGCGGCCGAGGCGGGCGUGGCCGGGGCGGCCGGGGCCGGGGCCGGGGCCGGGGCAGCCGACCUGACGGCGCCGAGGGCGGCCGCGGACACGGGCGCGGGCGCGGGAGCGGGCGCGGUGCAUCUGGCACCGGGAGCACGCUUGCGGCGGCAAUGACGGCAUCGAGCCCGCGCAAAUCCAAUCGGGCGCGCAGCAUUGCGAAUUACAACGAGGACCACUAUGACGAAGAAUUGGAAAGGACGGUGUCUGCACCCAGCCCGAAGGCGGCGACGGGCAGACAAGGCGGCCGAGCGGCUCGGGCGGAAGGAGCGGAGGGGACCGCCCGCCACGCCGCCGCCAACGGGCAGGCGCGGGAUGACGACAUGGACGACGAGCACGUGGUGGACGACGACGGCGACGUGGACGAGUAGUAGGGGGUUGAGACGGGGUAAAUGAGCGCACUGUAGGGUUCGUGGCGUCCCGCCCAGCUGCAGCAGCUUUGGGUGGGCGGGCCACUUGCUAGGUUUACUAGCAGUGUCCUCUGUAGCAUGCUGUGUUUGAGUGUACGAUAAUACGCGUGUGUGUGAGUACUGAUGCAAGGUUCACCAUGUCGGCAACGUUGGAGUUGGACUGUAUAAGCCAAAGCCCGGCAUAGUCGCCGCGAUGCUGCAGCCGGGACGGAUGUCAUCGUUUCCGGCCGCCAAAUGAUGGUACCGUAGCUAGUUGCUCCAGAGCUUCUGCGGCAGCAGUAAUAUCAUAAAAGCUGAUCGGUGAAAUAGCGCUGCUAACUUCAAUGUGUCAAUCAGGUCAAGAGAUUGCAGCAUGAAGGCCAGGAUAGUCAGCGUGCAAGUGGAUACCUUACGUGACAUGUGAGACGCGCUCAGAGCAUGUUGAACGCCCAAUGAAAUUGCCGCGACCAGAUGGAAGUGAUCUAGGAUUGGAACUCAGCGGCAGCCAAGUGUGCCGUACCAAAUAAUGGCUUUUGACGCGACUGCCGGUGCAGACCAAGGUGCAGACACGUGGGGGUGUUGGAGAUGUGCAGGCCGUUUCAGGGCACAUGUUCGUUGUGCUCGCCGUUGUAGCAUGAAGCAUUGAUCAUGGCUGGGACCUGGCUGGGAACCCCUCUCCUUAUCGCUAUCAAGCCCGAAGGCGGCAGCAGUUCCAGGGCAGGUUGUUCAGGCGGGUGUGGCCGACAGCUGCCAUUGCUCACUGGGAAAGGCGC